UCCAAACUUUCAAGAUCCUCUUUUUGCUACCAAUUCCCUCUAGCUAGCGAUUUUCCAUUCCUCUCGCAAAUUAGUAAAAGCUCCAAAUUAAGCAACAAAAAUGGGGUCUCUUGUUAAGCUCAUUGAUGCUUUGCUCUUCCUCUUGCUCCUCGCGAUCGCUUUUGAAACCCCAUUGAUUGAAGGGCAAGCAUGUCUCCCUAUCACCCUAUACCCAGAUUUUCUCGUCGAACUCCGGAGCUGGUACGCAGGAGAAGUUGGUGACUACCUCAUGACUGAGACGCCGGAUUUCUACGUCGGGAUCAUAUGGGUUGAGCUUCUUUUUCAAUGGCCUCUGGUGCUUGUGAAUCUUUAUGGCAUUUUAGCUGGGAAGCAUUGGUUCAACACCACGUGCUUGAGUUAUGGCAUUUCUCUAUUCACUGGCAUGGUGCCUAUAUUUGCAGAACUCACAAGAUCAGGAAGGGCUCCGGAAAAGUUAUUGACGGUGUACUAUUCGUUCUUGAGUGUGGGUGUUGUAGCGAUACUUCGUGGAUUGCUUCCCAACUCAUCAUCGACCAAGUUCUCUUCUGCAACCAUUGGCAAGAGACCUGCCUCCGGUAGGAAGAAGAGAGUUUGAAUUGCGACUCAAGUAACCCAAAGUUAUUUUGACUCCCCAAAAAAAAGUAACCCAAAGUUUGUAAUCAUCCAGAGAGCAUUUGUAUUUCAUCCAUGGUGAUUGCCAUUUGCCUCUUGUCUAGUUAAGAAUUCAGUUUUAAUUGUGGCAUCUAGAGGCAACAUAAUCCAUUUAAUUUGUAGGCCGGUAAGCCUGGUAUAUGUCGCCAACAAAAAGACUAUGUAGUCCAUAUCAUUAAUUAUUAGAGAUGUUAUCAUG